AUGCACCGCAGCAUCGACGUUCAUCAAGCGUCUAGGAAAAACAAAGGAUUUAAAUAUUUCCUAUCUUUGAAAGAUAAUGCUAAGAGAGUUCAUAUUUGUAAGCAAAUGUUUAUGAAAACUUUGUGCAUUGGCCAAAGACAACUAAGGGAUUGGGUUGUUCCUAGUAAAGAUGUGGCAGAAAGUUUUACUAUCUCUCAAAAUGGAAAUGAUUGUAAUGCAAGGACUCAAAAUAAUGCAUCCGAUUCAAUUCGAGAAUUUUUCAACAGUCUGCCGAAAGUAGAGUCCUAUUAUUGCAGAUCAUCUUCCUCAAAAUUAUAUUCAGAACCAAUCUGGAAUAGUGUUUAUGGUGAUAUGUAUGCUGAAUAUAAAAAGUUUUGUUCAAAUAACAACAAGAGACGAUAUUGUGUUGCGAUGUUCGAGAGGAAGUAUCGCAAGCUUAAUUCCUACAAGAAUGGUAAUAUUAAUGAAGAUGAGUACAGGAGUCACUUGAAGAAAAAAGAAACAGCAAGACAAAAUAAGGAUAAUGACAAAAACAAUACUGAAGAUGAUGUAUUAGUAUACACUAUGGAUGUCCAAGCGGUACUUCUAUGCCCAAGAAUCCAGGCAUCAGCUGUUUACUAUAAAACAAAACUUAAAGUUCACAAUUAUACACACUAUAAUUUAAAAACAAAAGCAGUGAUUUGCUAUUUAUGGCACGAGGGAAGCGGUGGCUUAGACAGUGAUGUCUUUACGUCUAUUAUGAUGAAACACCUAAAGGCAGAACUAGAAAAGGCACCAAACACCAAAAAAAUUAUCCUGUGGAAUGAUGGGUGUGGUUACCAAAAUCGAUCCUUGAAUUUGUCUAAUGCUCUAAUUGAAUUAUCAGUCGAGAAGAACAUAAUCAUCGAACAAAAAUACCUCGAAGUUGGGCACACCCAGAUGGAGGUCGACUCGAUACAUAGCAGCAUCGAAAGAAAGUUGCCACCUCAUCGAGAGAUUUUCAUUCCUGGAGACUAUAUAAAUAUAAUAAAGAGCGCAAGAAGCAAGCCUGAACCCUAUAAAGUAGUUUGUCUAAGCUACAGUGAUUUCAGCAGGUAUGAAGGUGGUAGUUACUCCAGUAUUCGACCAGGAAACGAAAAGGCGAUCCACUUCUAG